CCAGAGUUGAUAUUGAUCUUUAAUUGACCAGGUGAUAGGUCAAAAAGACAUGUGAGACCAUUGAAUCAAAUGGAGGAUAAAUCGGCAUCCACACAUAUCUUGUUAAAUUGCCCAGAAGUUCAACCUUAUUAUGAUUAAUUUGUGGAGAUAUAUGGCCAAGAAAAAGUGUACGACCAAUUUGCAACGUGGUUUAACAAUUACAUAAGUUUUAUAAUUUUCUAACACAAAGCUACCAUAAUUACAAACUUUAAAGUUUUGAAAUAUACUAUUUCUAACUUUCUAUUUCUUAACUGUUUAUAGUUUCACAAUAUACCUUGUGGUUUUUAUGAACAAUUUUUGAAGGACUUAUCUUGGGGAUCCAUUGGUACCAAUAGUAUGGACAAAUAUGUUGAUAAUGGUUUUAAAUUUAAUACCCGAGAAUGUGCUAACCAUAUGAAAACUAAUAACAGUGGUGUGUGGGUUAAAGUUGCUGAUGGUGUUGAUUUUUUUGGUGUAAUCGAAGAGAUUUUAGAAUUAGAGUAUUCUAGUUGGCCAAGGAAAAAAUUUGUUCUGUUUCGGUGCAACUGGUUUGAUCCAACCCCAAAAAGAGGUACGAGGGUACUGAAAGAUUCCAAUAUCAUUGAAGUAAAGCACAUGCUGAGGUAUGCAGCUUAUGAUCCUUUCGUCAUUGCACACAACGUUAAGCAGGUGUACUAUGUCCCUUAUCCAUUGCGACCAGAUAAGUCAGAUUGGUGGGUGGUUAUUAAAACCAAGCCUAUUGGUCGUGUGGAAGUUGAGAAUGACCUGCCUGCUGCCUUUCAGAAUGACGACAUAGCACAUGCUAACCAAAUAGUCAACCCUGAGUUAGAAACUGAACUGAAGCAUGCAGAACAUAUAUUAGAAGAAAUCGAUAUAGAAGAAGUUAAUGAAGUUUUAGAAGAAAAUGAUGAAAUUGAUGAAUGUGAAACAACCGACGAGGAAGAAUGGUCAGACAAGGAAGAAAGUGAUGAAAAUUAGCAUGUUUUUCAUUUUAGAAGUAUUAAAUAUGUGUUGUUUUAUUUGUUUGAUUGUAAGACUUCUUAGUAUCUGAAUACUUAAGCUUUCUUUUGUAUUGCGAGUUAUGAUUGUUGUGUACUGUUUGAUAAUUUUAUGCAAUUAUGAGUUAUGAUUGUUGUGUAAA